CACCAGGCCCAGUCCCCCGUGGUGGGGGCAUUGGGGACACAGGGAGGAGAGGGCAGUGGGCUGGGGGACCAGGGAAAAGUGAAGGUGUCAGGGAAGCCAUGGAGCCAGCCUCACCCCAGGACGAGGGUUCAAGGAAGAAGCAGCCCAAGAAGCCUGUUCCUGAGAUCCUGCCAAGGCCACCCCGCGCCCUGUUCUGCCUGACCCUCCAGAACCCCCUGAGGAAGGCCUGCAUCAGCAUCGUGGAAUGGAAACCUUUCGAGACCAUCAUCUUACUCACCAUCUUUGCCAACUGUGUGGCUCUGGCUGUGUACCUGCCUAUGCCUGAAGACGACAACAACACUCUGAACCUCGGCCUGGAGAAACUGGAGUAUUUCUUCCUCAUCGUCUUCUCCAUCGAAGCUGCCAUGAAGAUCAUUGCCUACGGCUUCCUGUUCCACCAAGACGCUUACCUGCGCAGCGGCUGGAAUGUUCUAGACUUCACCAUUGUCUUCCUGGGCGUCUUCACUGUGAUUCUGGAGCAGGUUAAUGUCAUCCAAAGCAAUACGGCCCCCCUGAGCAGCAAAGGAGCCGGCCUGGACGUCAAGGCCCUGAGAGCCUUCCGCGUGCUCAGACCCCUGCGACUGGUGUCAGGGGUGCCCAGCCUGCAGGUGGUCCUCAACUCCAUCUUCAAGGCUAUGCUUCCCCUCUUCCACAUCGCCCUCCUUGUCCUUUUCAUGGUCAUCAUCUACGCCAUCAUAGGGCUGGAGCUCUUCAAGGGCAAGAUGCAUAAAACCUGUUACUUCAUCGGCACAGACAUUGUGGCCACAGUGGAGAAUGAGAAGCCAUCGCCCUGUGCCAGGACGGGCUCUGGACGCCCAUGCACCAUCAAUGGUAGUGAAUGCCGGGGUGGCUGGCCAGGGCCCAACCAUGGCAUCACCCACUUCGACAACUUCGGCUUCUCCAUGCUCACCGUGUACCAGUGCAUCACCAUGGAGGGGUGGACUGACGUCCUGUACUGGGUCAACGAUGCCAUUGGAAACGAGUGGCCCUGGAUCUAUUUUGUCACCCUCAUUCUGCUGGGCUCCUUCUUCAUCCUCAACCUGAUCCUAGGCGUCCUGAGUGGGGAAUUCACCAAGGAGCGGGAGAAGGCCAAGUCCAGGGGAACAUUUCAAAAGCUCCGAGAGAAGCAGCAGCUGGAGGAAGACCUCCGUGGCUACAUGAGCUGGAUCACACAGGGAGAGGUCAUGGACGUGGAGGACUUGAGAGAAGGCAAGCUGUCUUUGGAGGAAGGAGGCUCUGACACAGAGAGCCUUUAUGAAAUCGAGGGCUUGACCAAAGUCAUCCAGUUCAUCCGGCACUGGAGGCAGUGGAACCGAGUUUUCCGCUGGAAAUGCCACGACAUAAUCAAGUCCAAGGUCUUCUAUUGGCUGGUGAUCCUGAUCGUUGCCCUCAACACCUUGUCUAUUGCCUCAGAACACCACAACCAGCCACUUUGGUUGACCCAUUUGCAAGACGUGGCCAACCGGGUACUGCUGACGCUCUUCACCAUCGAGAUGCUGAUGAAGAUGUACGGGCUGGGCCUGCGCCAGUACUUCAUGUCCAUCUUCAACCGCUUUGACUGCUUCGUGGUGUGCAGCGGCAUCCUGGAGAUCCUGCUGGUCGAGUCGGGCGCCAUGACACCCCUGGGCAUCUCUGUGCUGCGCUGCAUCCGCCUCCUGAGGCUCUUCAAGAUCACCAAGUACUGGACGUCACUGAGCAACUUGGUGGCAUCGCUGCUCAACUCCAUCCGCUCCAUCGCCUCCCUGUUGCUGUUGCUGUUCCUCUUCAUCAUCAUCUUCGCCCUGCUGGGCAUGCAGCUCUUUGGAGGCAGGUAUGACUUUGAGGACACCGAGGUGCGACGGAGCAACUUCGACAACUUCCCCCAGGCCCUCAUCAGUGUCUUUCAGGUCCUGACGGGCGAAGACUGGAACUCUGUGAUGUACAAUGGGAUCAUGGCCUAUGGAGGCCCGUCCUACCCUGGCAUGCUUGUGUGCAUUUAUUUCGUCAUCCUUUUUGUCUGUGGCAACUACAUCCUGCUCAAUGUCUUCCUGGCUAUCGCCGUGGACAACCUCGCGGAGGCGGAGAGCCUGACUUCUGCCCAGAAGGCCAAAGCCGAGGAGAGGAAACGGAGGAAGAUGUCUAAGGGCCUCCCAGACAAGACAGAGGAGGAGAAGUCCAUAGUGGCCAAGAAGCUCGAGCAGAAACUCAAGGGUGAAGGCAUCCCCACCACCGCUAAGCUGAAAAUCGAUGAGUUUGAAUCUAAUGUCAACGAGGUGAAGGACCCGUACCCCUCAGCUGACUUCCCAGGAGAUGACGAGGAAGACGAGCCUGAGAUCCCAGUGAGCCCCCGACCACGCCCCUUGGCAGAGCUGCAGUUGAAAGAGAAGGCAGUGCCCAUUCCAGAAGCCAGCUCCUUCUUCAUCUUUAGCCCCACCAAUAAGAUCCGUGUCUUCUGUCACCGCAUCGUCAAUGCCACUUGGUUCACCAAUUUCAUCCUCCUCUUCAUCCUGCUGAGCAGCGCUGCACUGGCGGCCGAGGACCCCAUCCGGGCCGAGUCCAUGAGGAAUCAGAUCCUGGGGUAUUUUGACAUCGUAUUCACCUCUGUCUUCACUGUGGAGAUUGUCCUCAAGAUGACGACCUAUGGCGCCUUUCUGCACAAGGGCUCCUUCUGCCGCAAUUACUUCAACAUCUUGGACUUGGUGGUGGUGGCCGUGUCCCUCAUCUCCAUGGGACUUGAGUCCAGUGCCAUCUCCGUGGUAAAGAUCCUGAGGGUGCUGAGGGUCCUGCGCCCGCUGCGAGCCAUCAACAGGGCCAAAGGGUUGAAGCACGUGGUGCAGUGUGUGUUCGUGGCCAUCCGCACCAUUGGGAACAUCGUGCUGGUCACCACCCUGCUGCAGUUUAUAUUCGCCUGCAUAGGAGUCCAGCUCUUCAAGGGGAAGCUCUUCAGCUGCAAUGACUUGUCUAAGAUGACCGAGGAAGAGUGCAGGGGUUACUACUAUGUGUACAAGGAUGACGACCCCACGCAGAUAGAGCUGCGUCGCCGCCAGUGGACACACAAUGACUUCCAUUUUGACAACGUGCUCUCGGCCAUGAUGUCGCUCUUCACAGUCUCCACCUUCGAGGGAUGGCCUCAGUUACUGUAUAAGGCCAUAGACGCAAACGAGGAGGAUGUGGGUCCCAUCUACAACAACCGAGUUGAGAUGGCCAUCUUCUUCAUCAUCUACAUCAUCCUCAUUGCCUUCUUCAUGAUGAAUAUCUUUGUGGGCUUCGUCAUUGUCACCUUCCAGGAGCAGGGGGAGACUGAGUACAAGAACUGUGAGCUGGACAAGAACCAGCGCCAAUGUGUCCAGUAUGCACUGAAGGCCCGCCCACUGAAGUGCUACAUCCCCAAAAACCCAUACCAGUACCAGGUGUGGUAUGUCGUCACGUCCUCCUACUUUGAGUACCUGAUGUUUGCCCUCAUUAUGCUCAACACCAUCUGCCUGGGCAUGCAGCACUACAACCAGUCAGAAGAGAUGAACCACAUCUCAGACAUCCUCAACGUGGCCUUCACCAUCAUCUUUACCCUGGAAAUGGUCCUCAAGCUCAUGGCGUUCAAAGCCAGGGGCUAUUUUGGAGACCCCUGGAAUGUGUUUGACUUCCUGAUUGUCAUUGGCAGCAUCAUUGAUGUCAUCCUGAGUGAAAUCGAUACUUUCCUGGCCUCCAGCGGGGGACUCUAUUGCCUGGGUGGAGGCUGCGGGAACGUUGACCCAGACGAGAGCGCCCGCAUCUCCAGUGCCUUCUUCCGCCUGUUCCGGGUCAUGAGGCUGAUCAAGCUGCUGAGCCGCGCGGAGGGAGUGCGCACCCUUCUCUGGACGUUCAUCAAGUCCUUCCAGGCCCUGCCCUAUGUGGCUCUUCUCAUUGUCAUGCUCUUCUUCAUCUAUGCUGUCAUUGGCAUGCAGAUGUUCGGGAAGAUUGCCAUGGUGGACGGAACCCAAAUAAACAGAAACAACAACUUCCAGACCUUCCCUCAAGCCGUGCUCUUGCUCUUCAGGUGUGCCACAGGGGAGGCCUGGCAGGAGAUCCUGUUAGCCUGCAGCUAUGGGAAGCUGUGUGAUCCCGAGUCGGACUACGCCCCGGGUGAGGAAUAUACGUGUGGCACCAGCUUCGCCUAUUACUACUUCAUCAGCUUCUAUAUGCUCUGCGCCUUCCUGAUCAUCAACCUCUUUGUGGCUGUCAUCAUGGACAACUUUGACUACCUCACACGGGACUGGUCUAUCCUGGGCCCUCACCACCUAGAUGAGUUCAAGGCCAUCUGGGCCGAGUAUGAUCCCGAGGCCAAGGGCAGGAUCAAACACCUGGACGUGGUGACUCUGCUGAGGAGGAUCCAACCUCCUUUGGGCUUUGGAAAGUUCUGUCCACACCGGGUAGCAUGCAAGCGGCUGGUGGGCAUGAACAUGCCCUUGAACAGUGAUGGCACGGUCACCUUCAAUGCCACACUCUUUGCUCUGGUGCGCACGGCCCUCAAGAUCAAGACACAAGGCAACUUUGAGCAGGCCAAUGAGGAGCUUCGAGCCAUCAUCAAGAAGAUCUGGAAGAGAACCAGCAUGAAGCUCCUGGACCAGGUUAUCCCUCCGAUAGGAGAUGAUGAGGUGACAGUGGGGAAGUUCUAUGCCACGUUCCUCAUCCAGGAACACUUCCGGAAGUUCAUGAAGCGUCAGGAGGAAUAUUAUGGGUAUCGGCCCAAAAAGGACACAGUUCAAAUACAGGCUGGAUUACGGACCAUCGAGGAAGAAGCAGCUCCUGAGAUCCACCGCACCAUCUCGGGAGACCUGACGGCAGAGGAGGAGCUGGAGAGAGCCAUGGUGGAGGCUGCUAUGGAGGAAGGGAUAUUCCGGAGAACCGGAGGCCUGUUCGGCCAAGUGGACAACUUCCUGGAAAGGACUAACUCCCUGCCCCCUGUCAUGGCCAACCAAAGACCCCUCCAAUUUGCUGAGAUAGAGAUGGAAGAGCUGGAGUCACCUGUCUUCUUGGAGGACUUCCCACAUGACCCGAGCACCCACCCUCUUGCUCGUGCCAACACCAACAAUGCCAAUGCCAACGUUGCCUACGGCAACAGCAGCCAUAGCAACAGCCAGGUGUUUUCCAGCACCUGCUAUGAAAGGGGGUUCCCAGGAGAAACAGAGACGCCUGCUACGAGAGAAGGAGCCUUUGGCCAACCCCACAGGAGCUUGGAACUGCACAGACAGCCCCCUACAGCCCAGCUGAAAGGACAGUGUACCCAGAUGGGAGCGGCUAGAGGCCAGGCACCUCCUUCCCCCUACCAGAACCCAAGGGCAGAGCCUUCCCUGGAGGAGAGGGAGCGCUCCACACCAAGGUCUCUGGAAACACCUCAUGACAGGAGCUCUGAGGAGAGUGCUGCUGGGUGCGCAGCUCCAGCCACCACCCUGCUGAUCCGGGAGGCCUUAGUUCGAGGGGGACUGAACUCCUUAGCAGCAGAUGCUCAUUUCGUCAUGGCAACAGGCCAGGCCCUGGCAGAUGCCUGUCAGAUGAAACCAGAGGAAGUGGAGGUGGCAGCAGCAGAGCUACUGAAGGAACGAGAGUCCCCGGAAGGCCAGGGCCGUGUCUUAGGAGACCUGGUCCUCAGAUCCUCCCUGGACAGCCUCAACCAGCAUCAAGGCUCCCAGGAAACCCUUAUUUCUUCAAGGCUGUGAGGCCCACACUGAAUGGCACAGGCUUAGAGCUGGCAUGACCAAAGCGUGGAGGGUGCUCAGGUAGAGAGGACUAGCAACCUCUGUCCUUUGGAAGCCAGCUGCCCGGCUUGAGGAGUGGUCAGGAACCACCCCAACCAGUCAGGAGACCACAGGUAGGCAGGA